UUGAGAAGAGUAAUAUUUGAAGAUUCAGUUAGUCAAUACGCUACUCACUUCGUCGUGGUUUGGUUCGGUUUCCGGCCAUUUCACCAUGGAGGCGACGCCGCUACUUGAGCGGCGGGGCUUCGGCGACUUGAUCGACGACGACGACGGAGACUAUUUACCGGUGAGGGGGAUGAAAGCGUGGUGGAGAGUUUUCUGCAUAGAAACGGUGCGGCUGUGGCGAAUUGGAGGUCCAAUUGCGUUCCAGAUUCUGUGUCAGUUCGGUACUAACUCUGUCACCACAAUGUUCGUCGGACAUCUCGGCGACGUCGAGCUCUCGGCCUUAUCUAUUGCACUUUCGGUCAUCGGAACAUUCUCGUUCGGAUUCAUGCUCGGCAUGGGGAGUGCCCUGGAGACAUUAUGUGGGCAGGCAUUUGGCGCGGGACAAGUUCACCUGCUCGGCAUCUACAUGCAGCGCUCCAUCAUAAUCCUAUUCUCCACUUGCAUCCUUCUUUUACCUCUCUACAUAUUCGCCGAACCAGUUCUGAAGCUCCUCGGCCAAGAUGCUGCCAUUGCCAAACCUGCAGGAGCAUACACUCUGCUAGUAGUACCCCAACUAUUCUCACUUUCUAUUACAUUCCCCACCCAAAAAUUCUUACAAGCUCAGAGCAAAGUCUCUGCCCUUGCGUGGAUAUCGCUGCUUGCGCUAGUUUUCCACGUAGUUCUCUGCUGGCUCUUUGUUGAUGUGCUCGGUUGGGGUGCAUCCGGGGCAGCCGUGGCUUUCGAUCUGACAAGUUGGGGCACGGCAGUUGCACAACUUUGCUAUGUUGUGGGAUGGUGCAAGGAUGGAUGGAAAGGGUUGUCUUGGUUUGCAUUUAAGGAAAUGUGGUCUUUUGUGAAGCUGUCUCUUGCAUCUGCUGUUAUGCUGUGUUUGGAAGUUUGGUAUAUGAUGAGCAUUAUUGUUCUCACUGGCCAUCUUAAUAAUGCUGUCACUGCAGUUGGUUCACUUUCUAUUUGCAUGAAUGUCAAUGGCUGGGAAUCCAUGAUUUUCAUUGGAAUCAAUGCUGCCAUAAGUGUCCGAGUCUCGAACGAGCUGGGAUCAGGACAUCCAAGAGCGACCAAGUAUUCCAUCUACGCCACGGUGUUCCAGUCGCUCCUCAUCGGGCUCAUCUGUAUGAUCAUCAUCCUCCUCGCUAGGAACCACUUCAGCAUAAUCUUCACCAACAGCAAAGUCAUGCAACAAGCAGUGGCUCGCCUCUCCCCCCUCCUCGGACUCACCAUGCUUCUCAACAGCGUCCAGCCCGUCGUAUCCGGUGUUGCAGUGGGAGGUGGAUGGCAGUCCCUUGUGGCUUACAUCAACCUGGCUUGCUACUACAUACUUGGCCUCCCUCUUGGCUACGUUCUCGGUUACAUCGCUAAUCUCGGCGUGGCGGGACUUUGGGGAGGAAUGAUAUUUGGAACAGCCAUGCAGACCUUGCUGCUCUUGGUUGUGCUUUAUAGAACCAAUUGGGAGAAAGAGGUGCAGCAGACGACGGAAAGAAUGAGAAAGUGGGGAGGAGGCAUUAAAGGCAUUGCAUUUGCAGCUAUAUAGUCCUCCUUCACUGAAGGGUAGGCGUUGCAGGUCCGGUGAAAUUGCUCUAAUUUUUAUCCGAGAUUUUCGGAGAUGGAGUCGCCGCUGCUGGAACGGAGAUCCAG